CCGGACGAAGGAGGGGUUAUUUAAACCUAGUCCUACCAAGCGAGAGUCAUCAUCCCCCAUUCCUUGAAACCCGUUCUCCCUUGCCAAUUCUACCCCCGAAAACCCCUAAAAUUCUCUAUUUCUACCUGUCAAAGAAAGAAGAAGAGAUGGGGAUAAUAAGGAGCAGCUUCACAUUCAUGCUGGGAACCGUGUGCGGGAUUUACGUGGCUCAGAACUACAAUGUUCCCAACGUCAAUAAGCUCACCAACACGGGCCUCUUGAUAGCCAAACACAUCGAAGAAAAUUACCGGAAGCCGAAAAGGAGGGGCGACGACGAAGAUUAGCUGCCACCACUGCUUCUGGAAUGUUCUAGAAGCAUCGGGUAUGGAGAGAAUUCGAUUUUGGGAAGAUGUUUGGAGGGGCAAUGUGCCUGUUUGCGUCUCCUUCCCGGCUAUUACCCGCCUUGCUCAGAUCGGCAAGUCAUGAUCAAUCGUUGUUAUUAGAUCUGUAGUGGCGCAGCUGUGCGGUCUCCGUCAUGUCGCUGAGCUCUUUGUGAUGACGAGGUAGAGGAAUAUGUUGUGCUUUUGGAGUUCCUCCAUUGUUGUUGGCCCCGGAUGGAUGAAAAGGAUAGCUUGGUUUGGCUCAUGAAAAGUUCGGGAAGUUUCUCCGUUAGGUCUUUCUACUUCAUGCUUUGGUCUAAUGGGACAAAGUGUGGAAAGACAACUCGUGUGGCACUAUGGUGCUCCCCCAAGAUCGGAGCCUUUGGGUGGUUAGUGGGAAGGAACAUAGUGUUAACGAUGGAUAACCUUCAAAAGCAUUCCAUGAUCAUCCCGAAUGUUUGUCUCUUCUACAUGUCCAAUGCUGAAUUGGUCAGCCAUCUUUUUAUCCAUUGCUCCUGCUCUACUCGCAUAUGGGCCUCCUUUUUCAUCAGAUUCAAUGUUGUGUGGGUCAUGUCAUGGGAUAUUGGUGACUUGCUAGUCGAGUGGCAUGGGGUUUCUCUUUACAACAAGCGG